CACUCUCAACUUGAAUCUGUAAAACAGGGAAGUCAAGUGACAUCGCAAAUUCUCAAGCACCAAGAAAAGUGGGAAAAGGUUGGUUGGUCGACACGAAGCUAAAUAUGAACAAGACAAACUAGAUCUGUAAUUGCACAUUAACCGUUAAUUACGUUCACGUGGGCCUCUGAAUGCUUGUGUUGACAUUGACAUGGUGUAUGUUUUUGACCACAGUCCAAGGCCAAGUUCCACUAUAUCAUCUGGAUUGUUUGUGUAACUUCUGUCUGGGGCUUUGGAAGUGCUGUUUUUCCCAACCUCCGAGGGAAUAUGAGUUACACAGCAACAAACCAAAGACUAGAGGCACUGUCCCUUCUAAAAUAACUGUUGACUAGAUUCAGUUGGACCACGUUUGUCAUGGGCACCACACUGAGUGAGCCUUGCAUCUACGACAAGCUGUCAGAGAGCAUCGAUAUUCUCCGCCAGUCGGGGUAUCGCUAUGGCAUGUCGGAGAGGGAGAUCGAGAAGUUUAUCAAACAAGUCCUGGAGACCAACGAGCCUCGACGAGACCCGCCACAAUUCCCCAUCCUUCGAGCCACUAUCAAGUUUGUGGUAGCGGUAGGCUUUCUGUUGGUGGUGGUGCUGGCCUUCACCUACCCCCACACUCAGCCCCAGCUAGGUGUGAUGUACACGGGGGGACACAACUGGUCCUCUCCCCUCAGCCACGUCAGACUACUAGCUCUGCCCAUCGCCAAGAAGUACAACCUGCAAGGUUUCCAUGAGUGGUGGAGUGUGGGGGCUCUGCGGCAGGGCCUGGUCAACUGUUCUGGCUGUGCAGAGGUCUCCUCUGUGCUGGAGGUCCCCGAGACCCUCAGAGAGUCUGCAGCCAUGCGCAGGGGGCCACAGCCUGUGCUGCUUAAGGUACGACCACCACUGCAAGGUGGGGAGUAUCUGUGCAUGCAGAGGCAGCAGCUAGAGGAGCUCUACUCAGCGCACUCCGGCUCCAUGAGUAUACUAGUGGAGAAGGACAACCUACUGUCACAUGACGAGUGUUUUCCACAGGGCCCAGCAAACUUCACCCUGCUCUGGAGGUUUACAUCUGUGGCCAGAGAGAAGGUGUUACGGUGGCUGUUCCCCAACGCUGAUCUAUGUCCCCUACUGGACAGCGCCGGAACAACAUUGCAGCGUUGCCUGGUCACGCAUAGUGCCAACUCUCAGAGCAGAGGGGUGCGAGUGCUGGGCUGGCUGGUGGUAGGAGAGGGCCUGCCCACAGUUAGAGUGCUCCCUGUCCACCACUGUCAGAAACACUGCAGCUCCUUCAACCUCUGGCUGGGACCUGGAGAUAUGGUGUACGCUGACCCGCUUUACUGGCAGAUGGAGCUGUUCCCCGGCCGAGACCAAAGCCUGAUUUAGACCUAUACAAAUUUGCAUUUAGUUUGACCUCAUUGUGACCUUUGUGCUUUGACCCUGCCAGUGUACGCUGACCCGCUUUACUGGCAGAUGGAGCUGUUCCCCGGCCGAGACCAAAACAUAGUUUGUGACGGCUCCACUUUCUGAGGGAGGAGAGGAACAACUGAAUGAGACAGAAUGGGAGGAAGACGGAGGGAGAGAGUGAGUCAAGGGUUCUGUCAUACAGAACUGUUGAAACUCCACUCCAGUCCAGACAUCUGCAGACUGGCUGAGAAUAUCACUUCCUGUAGAGUUGGAGUGUGAUUGGACCUUUUAACCGUCCCUUGCAGGCUAGUCCCGCCCUCCUCUAGGUAUGGGAAAGAACACUCACCACAGGCACAAGAUAUAGUGAAGAAAUCUGAACACCUCUCAUCUCCCCUACCCUUCUCUGGCCUAAUACCAAACUCAUCUCUAACCCUUACCCCUUUCUGGCCUAAUACCAAACUCCUCUCUAGCCCCUACUUGUGCCUCUUCGUUGAUAUCCCUUCGCAGAUCUAAGACAACUGGAUGGUUGUAAGCAGGGAGAGACCACUCUCAGGCUUGGAGGUGUGUGUCUCGAUGAGGAAGAGGCUGGAAUGUUCUCAAACUCGGACUGUUUGCCUCAGAGGAAAAAUGGAGCGUGACUGAUUAACAGCAGAAGGUCUUGCCUCUGUUUUYUUCAGUUGAAAUGUUCAAGAUUGUUUUGGUUAUGUUUUUUAGUUGUGAUCAAAUCACACAGCCACAACAGGAAUAAUGGGACAGUUUUGUGGCGCUGCCCUCCCUUCAUCUACUCACUCUUAUACCGGACCGUAUUCAUCACCUAAGURCAACAUGUCGCUGCUAGUGUAACAAUGACAGUUGGUUAGGAGGAUGUAUGAAAUUGAUUUGUCAGUUUGGUGAAUUGCAUUUGAUUACUGAAAGUGCAGAUAUUGUAUUUAAUAUAUAGUUGACGAUAAGUGCUUGUGCCAUAAUUUCAGAAAGACUGAAAUUCUAUUUCUUAAGGUUCUUUUCACUAACUGUUUUUGUUUUGUCACUGCUUUUUCCCAUGRCAUCCAGUCUCCCGCGUGAGCACUAACAAGCCAGAAUUUGUUGAUGAUGUCACAGUGUUUGAUGUUUUGUCACUAAUGUUAUAGUCCCAGUCGGUAUUAGAUCAAAUGUUGCGGCCCUGCCGCUUGUGGGGGAAACAACCUGUAGUUACCUAGGUUACCCCAUUGGUUCACAGCCAAAACAUUUUUCAAAUGCAAUUUUUUUGUUGUUUCAACAUUGCUUGCGUUCUCACUACUUUGAAAAAAUAAAUAUUCUAGGGCUUCCCUCAUGCGCCUUUACAUGAUGGUGCUAGCAGCCGAGUGAGUGCUACCGGCUACCGACCGGAACAUUAAGCUAGCCAAGACAAACACACAAAAAAAGAAGUAGUGAGUGGCGUUACAAACGGACUAUACUAAACAAGUUAAAUGUCUUACCUAUGAUUAAAUGUUUUCUACACACAUAGCUACCUUUAGCCUACUCAGACACCAGGGCCCCACAUCUCCCACGCCGAGAAUAGCCUGAAGCCACAGGGCUCUUCUCGCAGGCUCCAUUUCCCUGUGUGGGAGCAUUUGGAACCGCUGGUCGUGAUUUUUGACCUGGUUACAUGUACAUUGAACAACACAGCAGAUUUUCUCCAUGUUUUGUUAUUUCUGUCUACCAAAAAAUGGAUGACAAAGUUGGCUCUUUUACACUGGGGGUCAUUGGGAAAUAAGUUUUGUUUUCCCCAAUUUGUGGGCAUGGUUGAGGGGAAUUCCUUAUUAUUAUGUGAAUAGCGACAUGGACUAUCGAUGUUCAGAGAUUUGAUCCUGUUCUGUUGUCAACAUAAUGUUUAUAGAGUUUUAAUCUCUCAGAAUUCACCAUUGUCACGUUAUGGCCUUAUUGUUAAGCUAUAUUUUAACAUUUUAAAUUCAUCUGUUUUUCAGCUUCCCUGUUGGAGCUGUCUUCUUUUAUCAUUAUUUAUUGUUUCAAGUUCAAAUGAUGUCCAUGUACUGGAACCUAAGCUAUUAAGUGGUUAUUAUUGUUCAUCUCUUCAUGACUGUGGAUGUAGUGGCAUGUACUACUGCCAUAUUGCAUAAUACAUACUAUGAAUGCAUCUGUUCUUUGGUAGUACACAUGUCCAAUUCCCUCUUUCGUAUGAACUCGGAGGAUAGUGCCAAAAAUAGUCUAUUAAAGAAGUUAGAUUUUUUUUWUAUAUAUGUAAAUGGCAUGCUAGAAGGGUCUAGACAUUUUCUUUGCGAUUCCACUUGUUUUUGAGGAACUUARCCAAAAUAGAAUACAACGUUGCUGAGACAAUUUCAUGUGUACAUCUUAAGAACUGCAUCACUAUACUGAGAGCUUUUCCGUUUUUAAGUAUUUGGAUGUUUUUGGAGAUUUGUUCAUGUUUUUUCAGUGCCACCAUACUGCACAACGAGGAAGUGAAUUGCUGGUUGGGGUAAGUUUCUCAAACAAAUGAAAUAGCAAAAAAGUUUCUGGACCCUUCCAUAACAUGCCAUUUAUAUCCACCCAUCAAAGUUCUCUGGGUGGAUAUAAAUUAGAAUCCACACAGGAAGUGGCUCUCAGGUUCUCUCUACUGUCUGAAACCCAGUUGGGUGGGUGAGACAUCUUUACCAUUACAUCUUCUUUGCCACUCAAAAUAUAGUUGUGGUUCAAGGCCCUCAGCUUUGACCAACCAAUAUCAUCACCUCCUUCCUAAACCUGACACAUUUCCCUUGAGUUCAAGCUUGCCUUUUUCUUAUCACGCCUUACUUAUAGUGCACUGUAUGUCAUUGCAUAUAUUAUCCUAGCUACAGAUUGUAUGCCAGAUAAUGUGAUAUAACCAAAGAUUUUUGGGGUCCAGUAACCAAAGACUUAUAAUAGGUAAUAUCACAUUAACUGGCAUACUAUCUGUAGCUAAUAUUCUCCCUAUUUUAUUUUUCUGUUAGCAAGCUCAAGGCUACUUAAUUUGGUGUCCUUCAAGCAGUCCACUGUGGGUUCUUUGUAUUGAAACGGGGCAAUGUAUAUCACUGGCUUUAAAUGUGAUUACUUUGGUGACAGCGGCAAUUCAACCUUUUUUUAUUGGCUUUGAACAAUAGUUUUGUAUGAUCAAAUUGCAAUGUGAGUCAAGAAUUGGACACUUGUUUUGGUUGUGUGUGCUUAAUAGGUGUCAUGGAAAUCAACACUUUAAUUUGACUAUUGUAUUUUUGAUAUCCCUUUAAAUCAUGAUGUUAUAAAAUGUGCAAUAAUUUCCAUGUUGGAUCUUAAAAUCAGAGCAUUAUAUCAAAUAGUUUGAUUUCAUGCACUCCUGUGUCGUCUCUGGCUUCUUUAAUGUGAUGCCAAGCUAUUAUCAAAURGAUUACCUAACGUUUGAUUGAUUGUGAUUGAAUUAAACCAUGCAACAAUUAA